UCCCGGGUGGACUCGUCGGUGGCCGUGUCCUCCGGCGGGGAGCUGUUCCUGCGGUUCAUCAGCCUCACCUCGCUGGAGUACUCGGACUACUCCAAGUGCAAAGAAAUCAUGAUCGAGCGUGGGGAGAUAUUCCUCAGGAAAGUGUCUCUGUCGAGGAACAAAAUCGCCAAGCUGUGUCAUCCUUUCAUCAGAGAUGGUGCUCGAAUAUUGACACAUGCCUACUCCAGAGUGGUGCUCAGAGUGUUAGAAGCAGCUGUUGAGUCAAAGAAGCGAUUCAGUGUUUAUGUUACUGAAUCACAGCCAGAUCAAGCAGGGCAAAAGAUGGCAAAAGCCCUGAGGAAGCUGAACAUUCCUGUGACUGUGAUUCUGGAUGCUGCAGUUGGCUACAUUAUGGAGAAAGUGGACCUGGUGUUAGUUGGUGCUGAAGGUGUAGUUGAAAGCGGAGGCAUUAUUAACAAGAUUGGCACUAAUCAAAUUGCUGUGUGUGCCAAAGCUCAGAAUAAGCCAUUUUAUGUGGUAGCAGAAAGUUUCAAGUUUGUAAGACUUUUCCCUCUAAAUCAGCAGGACGUCCCAGAUAAGUUUAAGUACAAAGCAGACACUCUGAAAACAAGUCAGAAUCUAACAGAGGAGCAUCCCUGGAUUGACUACACCUCACCAUCGCUAAUUACGUUACUUUUCACAGACCUCGGUGUGUUAACUCCAUCAGCAGUCAGUGAUGAACUUAUUAAACUCUAUCUGUAACAGAGGAC